AUGGCAUUCUCAUCGUUUUCAACGCUGGUCCCUUUGCUUCGCUUUCUUCUCAUUGUGGAGUUGAUCUGCGAGCACGGCCACGCUUUCAAGGCGCACACUGAGCGCUCGGGUUCUGUGGAAAUGAAGCAAUUCGAAGCGACGACGUCGAAGCAAGUUGUGGAUCAUCUCCCUGUGGGCUGGACGGUGGCUCUUUACAAUUCAUAUCACAAGAGGUUCCUCAAAAUCACGAACGAUGCCGUGGGCUCCAGUGGCUACCUGAGCAACCCAGCAGACUUGAGUGAUGGUUGGACCCACGAAAGGUUCCUCGUGGUCGAGGGUGGCAUGAAUGACAUCGCGCUGUGGAACACGCACUUCCAACGAUACCUCAAGAUCACCGGCUCAGGACAAGUUGGUGCUUCUGGCAUAUCCGACAAGUUCUUGCCUGGUAGCUAUGUCGAUGAGCGCCUAUUGGCCGAGAAGGUCGGCGACCGGAUCGCGAUAAAGAGUGCCAAUUAUAUGAACAAGUAUAUUAAAAUGAAUUCCAACUUCGACAUUGUCACACAGACCCAAGUGGGCGAGUGGGAGAAGUUCCAGGUUGUCCUUGUGGAGCAUCCACUGAAGCAAUUCAUUGGACAGACGAUUGGCCUCUACAACAUAGAUUGGUUCCGUUUCUUGCGAAUGCGGGGAAGUGGCGCAGGGGAAGUAGAUGGCAGUCCAGAGUCGCGCACCAGGGAAGUGAUGCCAAAGGAUUGGUAUGAUUGCAAGUUCACGGUGGUCGAUGCAGGCAACAACAAGGUGGCCUUCCACAACCACAAGCACAGUCGUUUCUUGAAGCUGGAAAGCAUCACUCGGUCCAAUUUUGCCGAAUGCCCUCCAGACCCCAACAUCUUUCCACAGCCCACAGAGCACACGAUUACCGAAAUCGAUGUGCUGGUGACCGACACAGUGGAUUCCAAUGCAGUGCCGGCCUCUGCCUUGCCAUCUUCAUGGACCAGCGCCAUGUUUGAGGUCAAAUCACCUGGCUGGGGAGCCGAGGCUUCCAAUGAUGACUAUGGCCCCCAUGUGGCCCUAUAUGCCAGCGGUGUCGGGCGCUACGUCCGGAUGCAUGGAACCUUUUGCUGUGAACAUGAUGAUGCCGGUAUUUGCAUGGGUCCUGCUUCAACAGUAGGCUUGCAUGACAAGGGAUCCUACUUCAAAGUGGUGGGUACGUUCCAUCAGCUGGUGGAACCCUACGUUGGCCGCUCGUUGGCUCUCCACAACGCUGCCCACAAUGUCUUCUUGAAGAUGGAGAAUGACGUCAUCACAACCAGCCCCACGAAAGCUGCAAACGAUUUUCCUGAAGGCUGGCAUUCAGAGAAGUUCACCGUGGUGGAUGGCCGCAGAGGACUUGUAGGUCUCCACAGUCCAUACUACAACCGCUUUGUCCAAAUUGAGGAUACCGAGAUUCGCGGCAGUGGUAGCCUCAACAGCUAUCAAUUGAGUGAAUUAUCGGACAAACUUGUGUUGACGCCAGCGGGAGGCAGCACGUUUGCCAUUUUCAAUCCAACCCACGGAAAGUACCUGCAGAUAGACGCUGUUGGAACUGGUUGUGUUUCAUAUGGACAUCGAGUGGUGAUUGCCCAAUCUUCGGACGCCGGCAAGAACCAAUGUGGCUGGUACGGCUGCAGGGUCGGUGACAUGAUCAACAACAAGAUGUAUUUUGGCCACGGUGGCUCCACUCCUUAUGGUUUCUACUUCCGUGCGCCCCCGGGCAGCGGCAAAAGCGGCUGUAUCUCAUACGGAGAUGCCGUGGUCAUUGCAUACACAUCGAACGGUGGCAACACUGGAUGUGGCUGGUAUGGUUGCAGAGUCGCAGCGAUGUGGGGUGAUAACAGCAUGGGGUUUGGCCAUGGAACAGCAAACCCGCACGUUUUCUACAUCAGGCCCCAACCAAACAGUGGGCUAUCAGGUCAUGCGCAGUAUGGGCAUGGAGUUAUCAUCGCCUAUACGAAUUCUGGUGGACACACCUCAAACUGUGGCUGGUAUGGCUGCCGAGUGGCUUCGAUGAUCAACAACGAUAUGAUUUUUGGCCAUGGCGGUGCAAACCCAAUGCCAUUCUACCUAAGACCAAUCAGGCCGAUAUCAGCGAACCACCUUUUGUCGGCCUCUGCAAAGUUUUCCAUUGUGGACGCGUUUAACCCCAUGCAAACGCUGGUUGGUCUUCGUGUGGGCUUUCACAACGCUGCGUCCAACCGCUUUCUCAAAUUGCAUGGAACUGCAGCAGCGAGCCCAACAUGUGAUGCGGGUGCAAUGCCAGACGGUUGGCAGGCUGAGAGGUUCGACAUUGUCUUUGCGACCAAUGGGCAGGUAGGGAUCAAAGGCGUGUAUGAGAACAAGUAUAUCUCUCUUCAGUCCACUGGCAGCGCCGUAGCUUCAAGCAACCUCGCGGCAUGGGAGUGGUUUGUGCUUGAACACUUUGAGGAUGGAUUUGCCCUGAAGAAUGUGCAUCACAACAAGUACCUUGAAAUGUACAACAACUGUUGCAUUAGGGGCACCGCUGGCUCAGACGGAGCUGGGAAGAGAUUCUCGAUCGUGAAGUUGCCUGGAGGCGUGGAUACCGUUCCACCUGCCGUCUGGCAGAAGGUGACCAACCAGGUUUGCAGCGGAGAACCUUACACUCGAGACCAAUGUCAUUUGGAGAUUUGCAACGGCUGGUCUGGGCUGACAGAGGCAGGCUGCAAAGCGAAGUGUGAGAACCAGGAGGUGAGUGCAUCUUGCGGACAUCGUGCUCAACGACAGUUGUGCAUGGCAGCGAGCUACCAACCAAGUGGGGGCUGGUGCCAGUUGUACUCUUCUUGCGGCCUCCUCCAAGCACAAUCUGGUGUCCACGUGCUUCGAAAAGUGGACCCGUAUGGCGGGAUGUCCUUGCUUCAGUUUAACACUGAUGAUGAUGAUGAUGAUGACAUUCGUCUUGACCGUGAUGACUCUUUGCUGCAGAUCACGGAUGCUGACGACGAUUUGACAGAGCUUGGUAUGGCUUUGCCACUGGCCCUCAUCAAUAUCAGCACGUUCCAGACCAAGCUCGCACCAACAAACACAUCGAAUUCUCUCGACCAACAUUUGGACACUUUGACGGACUUGGUGUCUGGCUUCUAUGCUGUCUUGCACAAAGAGAUGAAGGAAGAUGGCCCCCUCUAUUGUCCCGAGGGCAACGUUGGUCUCAUUCCCAUGUGCAUCGCGCUAUCAACCUGCCUUCUGCAAGCUAAAGUGCCAUCCAAAGUCUCAAUGGAGUUCUAUGGAGCGAUGAUGGAGCAAGUGGCUCGCUUUGAGGAAGUUACGUGGGAAACAAUCCUGAGAGCCUUGGGCAAGGAAGGGAACCUGAAUCUGGACAGCGCAACAAUCCCCAGCAAAUACGCGUGUGACAGCCGUGAUCUCGGCAAUCAUUCAUUGGCUCAACCCUUGGGUGCAGCUCUUCUGCAAGAGGACUCGGAGAUGGAACGAAGGUUGAUCAUGUCGCGCGCCUUGCAGCGAUCUGUGGAAUCUUCUCAUCGCAUCUUGGAUUCCGUCUUUUGGAACAGCUCUCAACACCAGCUGGACUCCGUUGCAGAGCAGCUGGACAGCGUGUGGCGCCCAAUUUGCGAUGAACUGGGCUGUGACAGUUCAAACUACUUGGAUGUUUUCCUCACUUCUCACCGGCAGUCUGCCAUGCUGCUUCAAACCAACAUGGCAGCUCAUUUGCGGAACGAGAUCAAGCAGCGCAUGAAACUGGAAAGGAAGGUGCAGGAAGUGAUUGCCGGGAGGGAUGCUCAAAAGUUCUGGCGCCCUGAUGAUUAUCAAGAUGCUUCGGUCGAAAGCUUCCAUGCCUACCAUGCGAAAGGCCGGGCGGGCAUUGAGCACAUGCUGAAGAGGGCACGGAAGUUGGGCGUCGACAAAAUGAUGCUGCUGGUCAAUCAGGUGGACAUGGCCUUUCACAAGCGGCCUUUGGAGCAGGCGUUCGAUCAUGAGGUUUCGAAUUUGAGCUUGGCGGCUGUCGAAUCAGGUGACUUCUGGGAUGACUUGGCAAAGGUCUUCGACUGCAUCGGAUAUGGCGCGCGCUUCACCUCCACGGGCUACUCCUACAGUUUUAACGACUACGUAUCUUUGGCGCUCGGGCUGUCGGCCGGCGAUAGUGCUUCUCUUCGUGGGCUCAUCGAAAUGCAAGAACUUACCGUUUGGGCCUCGAUUUACGCGGCUUUUGCGGUUGGAGCAUGCACCGAUAUAUUUUGGGUCGGAGCUCAGGCAUCGAUGACUGCGAGCUUUGGUUGCGGAUAUCCAAGACUCUCAGUGACCGUUGGAUUCAUUGCCGCAGCACUCUCCAAGUGGUACAGUCCGUUGGUCUGUCCUUUUGGGCCGACCUACUUUGGAUGGCCAAAUAUCAAAUGCUCACAAGCUCACGGUUUCUAUGUGACGACCAUUUGCUGCGUCUUUGACUUCCGGACCAAUGAACACAAUUGCCGCUGA